AUGAUUGAAUUAGAUCCUAGCAAGCAUUCGGUGUAUCCGUUGGUUUCAUCGAUACAAAACAUCCUUUUCAACACUAGUUUUUCAUCUGAUUCCAUAUUUUCCUUUCUUCAUUGGCCUUUCUCUUUUUCUCUUCACCGGUUCCUUUAUUUACUUAGUAUUUUUCAUUACUUAUUUCUUCCUUUUCCUUUUCUCUCUAUUCGUUUUUUUUUUUUUUCAUUUCUUAUUUCUUCCUUUUCCUUUUCUCUCUAUUCGUUUUUUCCCUAUACCUUUCCAGACACACGCACAAACACACGAACAAUGAUGGUUAGUGACCCCGAUAUGAGAGAAGCGUACUUGAAUUCUCUAUCAUCCAUGCCAUUUCUAUCUCUCCCAUGUCCUUUCUGUCUUUCUAUCUCUCCCAUGUCCUUUCUGUCUUUCUCUCUCCCAUUAUAUAUCUCUCAUUUCCUAUCUCUUUCACCCACUUUCUUAGUCGAGAAAUUAUCUAUCUAUCUAUCUAUCUAUCUAUAUCUUUAUGUUGAUAUAUUUCUUACCACAUCUCCAACACCCUGA